AUGACCUUGGCACCCCUAGACGCCUCCAAAGUUAAGAUAACUACCACACAACAUGCAUCUAAGCCAAAACCGAACAGUGAGUUAGUGUUUGGCAAGAGCUUCACGGACCACAUGUUAACUGCGGAAUGGACAGCUGAAAAAGGGUGGGGUACCCCAGAGAUUAAACCUUAUCAAAAUCUGUCUUUAGACCCUUCCGCGGUGGUUUUCCAUUAUGCUUUUGAGCUAUUCGAAGGGAUGAAGGCUUACAGAACGGUGGACAACAAAAUUACAAUGUUUCGUCCAGAUAUGAAUAUGAAGCGCAUGAAUAAGUCUGCUCAGAGAAUCUGUUUGCCAACGUUCGACCCAGAAGAGUUGAUUACCCUAAUUGGGAAACUGAUCCAGCAAGAUAAGUGCUUAGUUCCUGAAGGAAAAGGUUACUCUUUAUAUAUCAGGCCUACAUUAAUCGGCACUACGGCCGGUUUAGGGGUUUCCACGCCUGAUAGAGCCUUGCUAUAUGUCAUUUGCUGCCCUGUGGGUCCUUAUUACAAAACUGGAUUUAAGGCGGUCAGACUGGAAGCCACUGAUUAUGCCACAAGAGCUUGGCCAGGAGGCUGUGGUGACAAGAAACUAGGUGCAAACUACGCCCCCUGCGUCCUGCCACAAUUGCAAGCUGCUUCAAGGGGUUACCAACAAAAUUUAUGGCUAUUUGGUCCAAAUAACAACAUUACUGAAGUCGGCACCAUGAAUGCUUUUUUCGUGUUUAAAGAUAGUAAAACGGGCAAGAAGGAACUAGUUACUGCUCCACUAGACGGUACCAUUUUGGAAGGUGUUACUAGGGAUUCCAUUUUAAAUCUUGCUAAAGAAAGACUCGAACCAAGUGAAUGGACCAUUAGUGAACGCUACUUCACUAUAGGCGAAGUUACUGAGAGAUCCAAGAACGGUGAACUACUUGAAGCCUUUGGUUCUGGUACUGCUGCGAUUGUUUCUCCCAUUAAGGAAAUCGGCUGGAAAGGCGAACAAAUUAAUAUUCCGUUGUUGCCCGGCGAACAAACCGGUCCAUUGGCCAAAGAAGUUGCACAAUGGAUUAAUGGAAUCCAAUAUGGCGAGACUGAGCAUGGCAAUUGGUCAAGGGUUGUUACUGAUUUGAACUGA